CCCCACCCCUUCCUCCUCACCACCACCCCCCUGACGCUUCCAACAUGGCGUCGGCAAAGUGAGACUUUGGGUUGAUAGUUUACGGCUCUCAUAAAGUCCUCCCGGGGCUCUCUUGCGCUCUUUGCGGCGCCACGGACGGUUCACCGGGGAUCUCACGUGCGCUGAUGCUCGGCUGUUUGCCGCCCCGGCCGCCGCCAUGUUCACCAAGAAGAAAAAGUCGCGCAUCCAGAUCUCGGCGCCGUCCAACUUUGAGCACCGCGUGCACACCGACUUUGACGAGCAAGAGCAGAAGUUCGUGGGCCUGCCCCGCCAAUGGCAGUCGCUCAUCGAGGACACGGCCAAGAGGCCCAAGCCUUUCAUCGACGCCACCGUCAUCACGACCGUCGAGCCGCACAAGCCCAUCGUGCGCGGCACUAAGCUGGGGGUGGAUGGCUCACUGACUUGGCUUCUGGACGAGUUUGACACCAUGUCGGUGACUCGCUCCAACUCAUUGAGGCGGGGCAGCCCCCCCGUGCAGCCUCGCCAGGAGAACGGAGACCCCCACCAACGACAGCCCUCGCAAUUCGACAGAGAGCGCUUGGGGUCAGACCCCCGCCACAAUCUGCAGCCCCACCGAGGCUCUCAGCGAGAAGACGGGCCCCACGCUCGGCCUCAGCAGCAACCUCGAGGCCAAGAGCCGGGCUGGGUCCACAGGGACAGACCGGGUUCCGGUCCCCCGCCACCACCGCCGCACAGAGACCGACAGCAUCGGGACCAGAACCAAGAUCAGGUUGUCCGCCGCGAUCCGCAUGGUGAACACAGACCAAAGUCCAGCUACCAGGUGCGGGAUGGCAGCCCUCAGUCCCCCCGGGAAAAGCGGCCUCUAUCGGGGCCCAACAUCCGCACGCCGAACCUGCCGGUGACCGACGGCGUGGCGAAGACCGCACAGCAGACGACGCGGCCGUUCAACACGUAUCCUCGGGCGGAAAGCGACGGGGGGCGCAGCCCCACCGGACCGCCGGUGCGCCCCAACGAGUCAUCCCCUCAAAACGGCCCCUCCGUCCCUCUCCGAGGAUCUUCCGGCUCUAAGCCUCCCGUCGGCCACCCUCACCACACCUCGUCGCAUCCCAGCCUGACACCCGAAGCCGGCCAGCACCCGCACACCCCUCACCCCGGCGUGCCGGCCCCACGGCCGCCGGCCCCCUCCGGCCUUCCGCCGCCUCCCGACGCCCGUUCCCCGCAGAGAGAGCCGCAGAGGGUCUCCCAUGAGCAGUUCCGGACGGCUCUGCAGAUGGUGGUGGAUCCCGGCGACCCCCGCACCUACUUGGAUCACUACAUUAAGAUCGGAGAGGGCUCCACGGGCAUCGUGUGCAUCGCCACCGUCAAGACCACGGGAAAACUGGUAGCUGUGAAGAAAAUGGACCUGAGGAAGCAGCAGCGCAGAGAGUUGCUCUUCAAUGAGGUGGUGAUCAUGCGAGACUACCACCACGAGAACGUGGUGGAGAUGUACAACAGCUACCUGGUGGGUGACGAGCUCUGGGUUGUGAUGGAGUUCCUGGAGGGAGGCGCGCUCACGGACAUUGUGACGCACACCAGGAUGAACGAGGAACAGAUUGCCACCGUGUGCCUGUCCGUCUUGAAGGCCUUGUCGGUGCUGCACACGCAAGGCGUCAUCCAUCGCGACAUCAAGAGCGACUCCAUCCUGCUCACGCACGACGGCCGGGUGAAGCUGUCCGACUUCGGUUUCUGCGCUCAGGUGUCAAAGGAAGUGCAGCGCAGGAAAUCUCUGGUGGGCACGCCGUACUGGAUGGCGCCUGAGCUCAUAUCACGACUUCCUUACGGUCCCGAGGUGGACAUCUGGUCUCUGGGCAUCAUGGUCAUUGAGAUGGUGGACGGGGAGCCGCCGUACUUCAACGAGCCACCGCUCAAGGCCAUGAAGAUGAUCCGAGACAACCUCCCGCCCAAACUCAAGAACCUGCACAAGGUGUCGCCGGUGUUGAAGGGCUUCUUGGACCGCAUGUUGGUGCGCGACCCGUCCCAGCGCGCCUCCGCUAGUGAGCUCCUGAAACACAGCUUCCUGAGCAAGGCCGGCCCACCGUCCUGCAUCGUGCCCCUCAUGAGGCAGAACCGCUUGAGAUGAGGACUACUUGUACAUUUUGGGCUUUUCUACUGUGGGGGGGGGGGGGGGGGACUGCGUGCGUGCGUGCUUUCCUCUGGAUACAAAGCAAUAAUUUGGGUUGAGUGACUGCGUGAGUGUUUGUGUGUGUUCACGACUCGAGCACGAUUCUCACUGUUAAUGAAAAGAACACGUACCGUAACCUGCCUAACCUGGAACUUUUAUUAUUAUUAUUUGGACCCGGCUUGGAUUUUGAAUGCUGACGGGGAGACACUGGUCCCGGGCCUGGCCCUGCCUGGACUUUUGACUACUGAAGGGUGCACACCAGCGGGGGGGAAAAAAAGAGCAGAACAUGAAGUCAGAGGUAAACACUGGAGUUGAUUUUGUUGCUUUUCUGCGUGUGCGUAUGAUGAGUGUCACUGUCAUAAGGUCUUGAGUUGAUUUUUAAAUGUUUAUGAUAAUUUGAUGUGAUGAUCAUGGUGGUGAUGAUGAGGAUAAUGAUGAUGAUUUUUCAAGCACUGUCAACACUAGAAGCUGCACACACACACACGUGCCACAACAUGACUGCAAUAUGAGUUUGACACAAUUAAUUCAAACAUGCAGCCACACACACACACACGUACAUACUGACAGACAGAUUGUCAUGUUGUGGCUGAUGUGUACAUACAGUUUUUUAAUUAACUUUUUAGCUCACACUAGUUUUUUACAAAAGGAAAUAGAUGACGCUGAUAUUUGAUACAGCGAUGAGGAUUUAUGACAACUUUACAAGCGGUGCUUCCUUUUCCCUCCCUGCCGUGAACGACGAACCUAAUUUGAUACCAAACAAACAUGGCUUUAGCGCGUAGCACAGAACAUAUAUGUUGUUAUUUUUAUACAUGGAAAUGUGCUUAUCAUGUAGCAGAGCUAGCUGGUACGUCCCUGGUCCGCUCCCAAGCAGCAGGGGGCAGCAGGGGGCAGCGUGCACACCUAUCCUUGCUUUGUUUCGUCUUGAUUCAUGUGUACUGUGUAGAUUUGACCUCCAAAACACUAACCACUCAGAGAGCCUGAAAUUAUUAUUAUUAUUGUUUUUUUGUAGUUUGACACUUCGUGAGUGAAGCGACAAUCAGGUGCACUUGAAAUUGGUAACGCUAAAAACAAAGAAGCCACUCUUUUGAGCCGAAACCUCACUCAAGAGCCCAAAUUUUGAAUGUGUAUCCAAGUUGUGUCAUUAACAUAUGUACACUAUAUCUGCAAAAUAUUAGUAUAAAUCUCGAAUGCACCAAAAUUAAAGUACCACCCUUCUGCACAAAUGUGUGGAAAAGUCAUGCUUUUCUGUUCCAUUAAAACAAGUAUUGACAAAAAAAAAGCCUUGGUGAGGACUCGGAGGUAAUGAGAUGCUCAGUAACGGCAAGCUAGCAUGUCGCGGAAAGAGGCUAGCUAACGCUGGCAACUACAACUAGUUGAAAUGUUAGACCAUUAUUGUUUGUAAAAUAAUUCCUGCUUUCAUUUUUUUGUGUUUUAUGAGUUACUAAAUGAUUUUCAUAAAGCAGAACGAAAUGACUAGACCAGCUAACUCCUGAUGACAAUGUUUUACAUCAAGAUCCAAGACACUAAGACGCAUAACAUUCCUUGCACCUUAAAAGUGUUUUCUUGGCUUUUUGUGCAACAAGAUGGCGUCUAAGAAGUAGAACAUAGUUACAAUGCUAUUCAAUGCUGCUGUGCUAGCAUCACAGAAAAUGGCCAGCCAACACUGCCGACUAGCUAGUUUUGUGCCAUUUUAAACUUCUUUGCGUGUAGAAAAUGUUUUUGAGCUGCAAGGUGGCAUCCCAAAAGGCUAGCUAACACUGGCGACUGCAGCUAGCUAGUUUUACACAUUCCUCACAUGUUAAAAAAGUUUUCCCUUGUACUGUGUGCCAAGUUGGAGUCUGAACAAGUAGAACAUGCUGACUACUUUUGACAAGUGACUAGGCUAGUUUUACGUCACGUUGUACAAUAUGACAUGCAUGGGGAAAUCCCUUGAAAGUUGACAAAAUUUUCCUUGGGGUUUUUGAGUCUAAGAAGCAGGGCAUAACUUUGUACUGCGACCGACUAUUCAUUAAUUCUCUCUCCAGAUCUUGUUCCCAAAUGUUUUUCUUCCAUUGCCAUCGUCUCUACAGCCGUUGUUGGUUUGAGUGCCUUCUUUGCCUCGCGUGGACGCUUUGACGUCAUCGCUGGCUAAAUGAUGGGUAUUUCAGUGUAAAUAGAGCAAAAGUUCCAUUCUGGUAGCUGAUGACAUCAUCAGCGCCUGCCUGUGUUGUCACUGGGAUUUGCGACAAAAUAAAAAACACUUUGCUUUUGAAA